AUGGCGAGGGAUUGUACUCGGGGGAGGAACCCGAAUGCGGGUCAAAGUCAGCACCAAGGUCAAGUCUUUGCUGUGAACGCCAAGGAUGCUUCCAAGGUGGAUCCGUUGAUGGGAGGUAUUUGUUUAAUUGGUGAUAAGACCUUAAUUGCAUUAUAUGAUACUGGAGCAUCGCAUUCGUUUAUUUCAUUUGCUAAGGUUGAGGAACUAGGCUUGAAAAUGUCAGAGUUAGCAUUUGAUCUGCAUGUACAUACUGUGCAUCAGACAGUUAUGAUUAGGUUAGGUUGUAGGAAUCAGGUGUUAUUGGAUUGCUUUGAGCGGAUGAUUCAGUUUAUGCCGGAAGGGAAAAAUGGAGAAGUGGUAGCUGAGGGUUAUUAUCUGAAUUCUAUAAUGGUGCACUGUAGUGGGGAAGAUUGUCAGGGUUACAUCUUGUUAACUACUAAUACUUCGGGCAAUGCCCUGAACUUAGAACAAAUUCCAGUGGUUAGAGACUUUUUGGAAGUUUUUCCGGAAGAUAUCCCUGAGUUCCCACCUCAUAGGGAGAUUAAAUUUGCGAUUGAAUUAGUGCCGGGAGCCGGACCAGUAUCGAUUGCACCGUAUAGAAUGGCUCCGAUAGAGCUGGCUGAAUUAAAGGCUCAGUUGAAAGAGCUUUUGAACAAGAGGUUCAUUCAACCGAGUGUAUCAUCAUUGGGAGUGCCAGUUUUAUUGGUAAAGAAGAAAGAUGGAGGAAUGCGACUGUGCGUGGAUUACCAACAGUUGAACAAAGUAAUGGUGAAGAACAAGUACUUACUACCAAGGAUAGAUGACUUGAUGGACUAG